GCACCAAAAAAUACACACACACACACAUUACUUUGCAUUUUUCAUAUAAAAUUACAAAAAGGGCUUUCUUUUGAUCUUGUGGAUUUUAUCAUUUUCCUUUCUUGAAUAUUGUAAUCCUGGGAUCAGAUUUCAAGACUGCUGUUUAUUUAGUUUUUUAGAUGGCUCAAUUAUCUGAACCUGAAAGGUUUCAACAACAAAGGGGUUUUCGAGUUCAAGCUCCACUGGUUGAGUCAGUUUCGUGCUACUGCAGAGUUGAUGCAGGCUUAAAAACAGUAGCUGGAGCCAGAAAGUUUGUCCCUGGGUCAAAACUAUGUAUCCAGCCCGAUAUCAAUCCUCGUGCACACAAGUCCAAGAAUGGGCGUAGGGAACGGACCAGAAUUCAGCCACCUCUCCUAUCUGGGCUCCCAGAUGACUUAGCUAUCGCAUGUCUAAUCCGGGUCCCACGGGCCGAACAUAACAAGCUUCGGUUAGUUUGCAAACGAUGGUUCAGGCUUUUGUCAGGUAACUACUUUUAUUCCCUUAGAAAGAGCCUUGGAAUGGCAGAAGAAUGGGUUUAUGUUUUUAAAAGAGACCGUGACGGACGGAUUUCUUGGCAUGCUUACGACCCCACCUACCAACUGUGGCAGCCCCUUCCACCGGUUCCUAUGGAGUAUGGUUAUGCCCUCGGGUUUGGGUGUGCGGUUCUAAGCGGGUGUCAUCUUUAUUUAUUUGGAGGUAAAGACCCACUUAAGGGUUCUAUGAGACGAGUCAUUUUCUACAGUGCUAGGACAAAUAAGUGGCAUAGAGCACCUGAUAUGCUUAGAAAGAGGCAUUUUUUUGGAGCAUGUGUUAUUAACAACUGUCUUUAUGUGGCGGGUGGUGAAUGUGAGGGGAUCCACAGAACUCUUCGGUCUGCGGAAGUUUAUGAUCCCAAUAAACACAGAUGGAACUUCAUAUCAGAUAUGAGCACGGCUAUGGUACCAUUUAUAGGGGUGGUUCAUAACGGGAAGUGGUACUUGAAAGGUCUCGGGGCUCACCGCGAGGUCCUGAGUGAGGCAUAUAGCCCAGAAUCUAACACAUGGGGGUCUAUUACUAAUGGGAUGAUUGGAGGUUGGCGGAAUCCUAGCAUUUCCAUGAAUGGGCAGCUUUAUGCUCUUGAUUGUCGUGAUGGGUGCAAGAUUAGGUUUUAUGACGAGGCUACGAAUUCUUGGAAAAGAUUUAUUGAUAGUAAGGUUCACUUAGGGAGCUCGCGGGCUUUAGAGGCUGCGGCUCUUGUUUCUUUAAAUGGAAAGCUGUGUAUUAUUAGAAACAAUAUGAGUAUUAGUUUGGUUGAUAUCACAAGCCCCAAUAAAGAAGUGGAGAGUAAUCCUCAGCUUUGGGAAAACAUUGCUAUAAAAGGUCAGAUCAAAACAUUGUUCACAAAUUUAUGGUCAAGUUUAUCGGGUCGAAACAAUCUUAAAAGCCACAUUGUGCACUGUCAAGUCCUUCAAGCAUGAUGAACCGAUGAUGUCAAUUGCCCAAGAAUAUGUUUCCAAGUGGAAAUUAAAACAAUGGCUGCAAAUAAGAUCACAACGAGGGUGUCAAGAAGCUGAAGGUACCAGCAGUGAGUUGCCCUUGGCAGAUGAGGGAACGAGUGGUAAAUGGCAAAUUUAGGGGUGAGGUAGGUUUUGUAUAAAAAAUUGAAUGUAUGAACCCAAUGGUGAGAAUGAUGGAAUUUUGAACUCAUUUUGUGACUCUUCUGCCCUUUUUUGAAAUCUCAGUAGCGUGCAUAAUUGAAUUCGUGUUGA